UGCUCUCUAAGCUAACAAAUAAUCACAAGUUUCUGUUCUAAUUACCGCAAACGAAAUCUGUUAUGCUUCAUACAUGGUAUAUGUAUAUUUAUAAAACAAUUUUUCGGGAUUUUGAAAAUAAUACGGAUAUAUAUCCAAGAUUGGUUCAAAUGUUAUUCAACACAGUCUUUCUCAAUGAAACGCUUCAACAGUUUAAUAACGUAUGUUAUUCAACAAAGUUCUAUGAAAAGGUCCUUAGACAAAGUUUAAUGAAAAAAGAUGAGUACGGUUGCAGUCCUUGGAGGCGGGAUUGCCGGGCUGACCUCAGCGUUCUUUCUGUCACGGUUGUCAUUGCCAAGCGUAUCUAAGAUAGUUGUUAUUGAGGGCAGCAAUAGACUAGGGGGCUGGAUACAAACCGAGCAUCUUAAAGAUGGUACCAUUUUGGAGGGAGGACCAAGGAGCUUUCGCUAUGGAGGAAAAGCAGAGGCCAAAGUCUUGGAACUUGUGGAAAUGCUUGAUCUUAAAGAUGAAAUUGUCACUGUGUCUAAUGAGAAAAUGAGGAGGAGGUUCUUUAUUGAUGGAGCAGUGAAAGAAUUUCCUAAAGAUUUUGAUAAAUGGAAAAUCUUAAAAACAACCAUGAAAGGUUUGCUGAAGGACAGAUGGGUUGUAAAACCAAUGGAGGACGAGUCUGUUGAAUCUUUUCUCUACAAGAGGUUUGGCGGCAGUCGCGAGAUAAUGGGGAUUUCUGAUGCAAUGUUUAGAGGAAUAUUUGCUAGCAGCAUCUCUGAUAUCAGCUAUAAGUUCUCCCUUUUUGGAAAAUCAGGAUGUAAUUCUAUGAUAGAGCUCCAACAACAAAUGAAGCUCAUCAAAGAAGAGCUCAAGAAACAUGAUUCAGAGUUAGUUCGGCGUGCAACUGAAGAGAAGUGGCAGAUCUGGAACCUGAGGAGGGGGACAGGACAGUUAGUGGAGGGCCUGGCUGAGGCAUUGCUGAAAGACCCCAGGGUGGAGAUUAAGAUGGACACACCUUGUCAAUCCAUGGAGCUGGAUUCCACCUCUGCCACUUUACGGAGUAGUGAUAGUGAUAUACUGAAAGCUGAACAUGUGAUCAGUACAGUCCUUUCUAAAAAUCUGGGUUCCAUGCUUCCUGCUGAACACGAGGAAUUGUCGGAUUUUUUGUGUAGAAUUCCCGCAGUGUCUGUGAUUGUUGUAAAUGUUGUGUAUGACCAAGACUUGGAGGAAGUACCACAGGGAUUCGGGCACCUGCUACCCUCCUUUGAGGACCCUCCUGUCCUGGGGGUGGUGUAUGACUCGAGGGUCUUUCCAGACCAUGGGCCCAUAAACACUACUCGUCUGACUGUGAUGAUGGGCGGGGCCUGGAUGAAGGAGCUGAAAGACAGAGUGGGAAGCUUAAAUGACGAAUCUUUGAUAAAGUUAACGAAAGAAGUGUUACACAAGCACUUAAACAUCACAGCUUCACCAGCCCACAUCAAAGUUAGAUAUCAGAUGGACUGCAUACCCCUGCAUGCAGUGGGCCACAACAAAUUACUGAAGUGUAUCUACUCCUAUAUAAAUGAACACCAGCUACCCCUGACACUCUCCGGCUGUUCCUACAGAGAGAUCGGUGUCACCGGAAUUAUUAAUGACUCCUUCCAACAAGUGCUUACUUUACAACAGCAUCUUGCAGAAAAAAGCUGAUGAUUCUGUAGACAUUCAAAGAUUUUUUUUUAAUUUUACAAUUUUAAGAAAACCUGUCUGCUCUGGGUGUUAUUGUUACUUCAUGUGUGCCAACUCUGACCUUAGAGAGAACAUUCUUUAAAAUGUUCAGUAAAACAUGGUUAUGGUGAAGUGCCGAGGACUAUUUGAUUGUCCAUGCUACUUUGUUAUGAGCAAUAAUUCGUAGUAAGUGUGUUUGCUGUAACUGUGUUUUACUGUACGUGAUGGGGUUUAGUAUCAUGCUUUUGUAAUACCCAACAAAUGGUGCUUUUUUUAAAUUAAAAGUUUGAAUUAGUG